UACUGAAAGAGGCAAAUUUCCGCAGUGGAGGAGGAGCUACCCAUCUCUACUCUAUCUACCUCUUUCUCUCUCCACAGAGAGGGCACCGAAAAAGAAGGUGCCAAAAUGAGUCAGCUCAACUCAACCAGCUCCGAGAUGGAUUUGGAUCGACCAAAUAUAGAAGAAUAUCUACCAUCAGAAGCCAUUCAAGAGUCUAACGAGAAGCUUCACUUGCGUGAUUUGCUCGAUAUUUCGCCAACUCUGACAGAGGCUGCCGGCGCCAUCAUUGACGAUACUUUUACUCGUUGUUUCAAGUCAAAUCCUCCAGAACCUUGGAAUUGGAAUAUAUAUUUGUUUCCAUUAUGGUGCCUCGGAGUAGUGAUAAGAUAUGGGAUUCUUUUUCCAGCAAGAGUUUUAAUAUUGACAAUAGGAUGGAUAAUUUUCCUUUCAUCCUUCAUUCCAGUACAUUUCCUAUUGAAAAGGCACGAUACUUGGAGGAAGAAGAUAGAGAGAUAUCUGGUGGAGUUAAUUUGCAGCUUCUUUGUUGCAUCAUGGACUGGGGUUGUCAAAUAUCAUGGUCCACGGCCCAGCAUGCGACCCAAGCAGGUUUUUGUGGCUAAUCAUACUUCUAUGAUAGAUUUCAUCAUCUUAGAACAGAUGACUGCAUUUGCUGUUAUUAUGCAGAAGCAUCCUGGAUGGGUUGGACUGUUACAAAGCACUAUUUUGGAAAGUGUUGGCUGUAUCUGGUUCAACCGUACAGAAGCAAAGGAUCGUGAAAUUGUUGCAAGAAAGUUAAGAGAACACAUUCAAGGAGUUGACAAUAAUCCUCUUCUCAUAUUUCCAGAGGGAACCUGCGUAAAUAACCACUAUACGGUUAUGUUUAAGAAGGGUGCAUUUGAACUUGGAUGCACUGUUUGCCCCAUAGCAAUCAAGUACAACAAAAUUUUCGUUGAUGCUUUUUGGAAUAGUAAGAAGCAAUCUUUUACCAUGCACUUACUGCGCCUUAUGACAUCAUGGGCUGUUGUUUGUGAUGUAUGGUACUUGGAGCCGCAAAAUCUGAGACCUGGAGAGACACCCAUAGAAUUUGCAGAGAGAGUGAGGAACAUAAUUUCUGUUCGAGCUGGUCUUAAAAAGGUUCCAUGGGAUGGGUAUUUGAAAUAUUUUCGCCCUAGCCCAAAGCACACAGAGAGGAAGCAACAAAGUUUUGCCGAGUCACUAUUACGACGCAUGGAGGAAAAGGGAAAAUGAUUGACACCCCUCUUUCACCCUAGUCUCUUUCCUAUGGUUCUCUUUUUCUUAUGUUCCUUGGUUUCUUCUAUUAUGCAUUCUCUCGACUUUUUAUACUUUUGUAUCUUCAUGUACAUUAAAGUUACAAUGCAGAACUUACAUUGCUAUGAGGUAAUAUAUUCAGAUUUGAAUCA